AUGCGAUUACUCCUCGGCCUCGCAGGUAGAAACUUACAACAUUCUUAUAAACGAGCAAUUACACAACCAAAAUCUCUGCGACUAUUCUCUAGCUCCCAAGCAAACCAUGACUUGACUCCCUUCACCAGACGGCUGCUACAGCUCCCCACGGCACCAUCACCACCAACUCGAAACCACAAUGACCUAAAAUCAUUUCUCUCAUAUGCGUCGCGCACACUUCUACCACUCACAAGUACAGUCUACGUGGGCACAAAAUACGAAUAUACCGUCCUGGAAACUCUGCGUCGCUACGCGCUUUCCCUCGACCGUAUAGGUGGCCGCGAUGACGCCGGUAUUGACCUAGUCGGCACUUGGCACCUGCCCACGUUAGAGCGUGAGCGGGCAGUCCGUGUGCUAGUGCAAUGCAAGGCACUAAAGGCCAAACUCGGACCUAAUAUAGUGCGCGAGCUUGAAGGCACAUUCCGCCAAGCACCCGUUGGUUGGCGUACUGACCAGACGGUUGGUGUGUUGGUAAGCCCGCGUGAGGCGACUAAGGGUGUGCGGGACACACUGGCGCGGAGCUCAUACCCUUUGUGUUGGAUGAUGGUUGAGCUGGAUGGGACGUUGAGACAGGCGCUUUGGAAUGCUCGGGUUGAGGAAUUGGGGCUUGCGCCUUUGGGUGUUGAAAUGCGGUAUCAGAAUGGGCUAGUGAAGGAGGUUGCAUUGACGUGGGAUGGGUGUGAGAUCCCUGAUAUGGAUUGUGUCGAGCGGGACAUUUCUAGUUUUGAAGAGCAGUGGGUUAAGUCUUGGGGGGUGGAGGUGAUUGACAAGACCGUGCUUUUGGAUAUGGUCCAGAAGGUAUUCCCGGACGGCUACCCUGAUACAGGACUAGAUGGAAAUUUUUCUGAAACAGACCGAGCGAGACUUCUUGAGACUCUACGAGAACGCUGA